GAACGUGCCACGAUCGGCAACCGAUUUUGCAGAAUAGUUGCUGAAAAGACGUCGCAACGUCCGUCGGGCCGUUCUUUCUCUCUCUCUCUUUCUCUCUCUUCUCUUUCUCUAUUUCUCUUUCUCUGUCGCGGUGAGGUACACGCGAGUUCCCGGGGACCACGAAGGAUUCGGGUCGCGCCAGGAAACAACGUGGAAAAUCGCGAGAUGACGACGAGGAUCGCGGACGAUUGAAGGGAAACGACGGGGAUUCUUCGUCGAGUGCAACGAGAUAUAAAAUUGAAGGCCAAAGAUGUGGAAGGCAACGACCACUUUAAGUGUUCUAGUGACGUUGGUCGCAACAAGACUUACAAGAGCUGACUAUUACGACUAUUACGACUAUGGCCAAGGCCAAUACAGACAGAGCACUGCCCCGUUCAAGUGCACGGAAGAAGGUUACCAUCCCGAUCCGCAUGACUGCAGAGUUUACUACAGAUGCGUGGAUUGGGGCAACGGAAGCCCGAUGACAUCCUUCAGGUUCGAGUGCGGCGUUGGUACUGUAUUUUCGAAGGAAAAAGGAGAUGUUUGCGUUCAUCCGUGGGACAGUGGUCGACCGGAAUGCGCUGGAUCGGAGAACGAAAUCGAUUCAAAUCUAAACGGUCCUUCCGGGAGCUCUUCCACAACGAUGAAAACGACCACGCAGCCGCAAGCAAGUAUGACACAGACUCCAAUAACUACGCGAGCACCUACGAUUACAACACAAAUUAUGACGACAACAACAACAACCAGAAAGCCGGAAAUGACGAAUCGACCAACCACAGGCCAAUCAGAGAGUAAUGCUGAUUGUAAAAAUGGACCCAUGUGUACGCAAGAAGGAUAUCUGGUCGAUUCUUGCGACUGCAGAAAAUUCUACAGAUGCGUUGACGGGGGACAAAGCAAGUUGUUGAGAUAUGAUUUCACAUGUGGCGUAGGAACUGUUUGGGAUCCAGAGAUUCAAGGGUGCAAUCAUGCAUGGGCCGUUACGAGAAAGGACUGUAAGCAAGGCUUGGAGAACGGCGACGGCGGUGGCGAUAAUAACGGACAAUGGAAUGGAGAUAAUAGUGGACAAUGGGAUGGAGAUACGGGAGAUAACGGCGGACAAUGGAAUGGCGAUUCCGGAGAUAAUGGUGGACAAUGGAAUGGAGAUACCGGUAAUCCAGGCCAACCUGGCCAACCAGGACAACCAGGAGAUCCUAAUGGUCAACCAGGGCAACCAGGAGAUCCUCAUGGCCAACCAGGACAACCUGGAGAUCCAAAUGGACAACCUGGCCAACCAGGUACGCCUGGAGAUCCAAAUGGACAACCCGGCCAACCAGGUACGCCUGGUACUCCAGGUUCCCCGGGCUAUCCAGGAACACCAGGUUCUCCUGGAGAUCCAGGGACACCAGGAACACCAGGUAGUCCAGGAUCACCCGGUUAUCCAGGUACACCAGGCUCUCCAGGCACUCCAGGUACUCCUGGAAGGCCAGGAACACCAGGUUCCCCCGGUUCUUCGGGAACGCCAGGCUCUCCAGGCACUCCAGGUACUCCUGGAAGGCCAGGAACACCAGGUUCCCCCGGUUCUUCGGGAACGCCAGGCUCUCCAGGCACUCCUGGAAGUCCAGGAACACCAGGAACGCCAGGUAAACCAGGUUCUCCUGGUUACCCGGGAGCUUCAGGCUCUCCAGGCUCCCCAGGUACUCCUGGAACACCAGAAACACCAGGUAGUCCAGGAUCACCCGGUUAUCCAGGUACACCAGGCUCUCCAGGCACUCCAGGUACUCCUGGGAGGCCAGGAACACCAGGUUCCCCCGGUUCUCCGGGAACGCCAGGCUCUCCAGGCACUCCUGGAAGUCCAGGAACGCCAGGAACGGCAGGUAGACCAGGGUCACCCGGUUCUCCGGGAACACCGGGUUCACCAGGCACUCCUGGGAGUUCAGGAACACCAGGGACGCCAGGUAAACCAGGUUCACCAGGUUCUCCAGGAACACCAGAGUCAUCAAGUACUCCUGGAAGUCCAGGAACACCAGGUACACCGGGUAGUCCGGGAUCACCCGGUUACCCAGGAACCCCAGGCUCUCCAGGCACUCCUGGAAGUCCAGGAACACCAGGCACACCGGGAUCACCCGGUUAUCCAGGAACCCCGGAUUCUCCAGGCACUCCUGGAAGUCCAGGAACACCAGGCACACCGGGAUCACCCGGUUAUCCAGGAACCCCAGGCUCUCCAGGCACUCCUGGAAGUCCAGGAACACCAGGCACACCGGGAUCACCCGGUUAUCCAGGAACCCCGGAUUCUCCAGGCACUCCUGGAAGUCCAGGAACACCAGGCACACCGGGAUCAUCCGGUUAUCCAGGAACCCCGGGUUCUCCAGGCACUCCUGGAAGUCCAGGAACACCAGGCACACCGGGAUCACCCGGUUAUCCAGGAACCCCGGGUUCUCCAGGCACUCCUGGAAGUCCAGGAACACCAGGCACACCGGGAUCACCCGGUUAUCCAGGAACCCCAGGCUCUCCAGGCACUCCUGGAAGUCCAGGAACACCAGGCACACCGGGAUCACCCGGUUAUCCAGGAACCCCGGAUUCUCCAGGCACUCCUGGAAGUCCAGGAACACCAGGCACACCGGGAUCAUCCGGUUAUCCAGGAACCCCGGGUUCUCCAGGCACUCCUGGAAGUCCAGGAACACCAGGCACACCGGGAUCACCCGGUUAUCCAGGAACCCCGGGUUCUCCAGGCACUCCUGGAAGUCCAGGAACACCAGGCACACCGGGAUCACCCGGUUAUCCAGGAACCCCGGGUUCUCCAGGCACUCCUGGAAGUCCAGGAACACCUGGCACACCGGGAUCACCCGGUUAUCCAGGAACGCCAGGCUCUCCAGGUACUCCUGGAAGUCCAGGAACACCAGGUACACCGGGCAGCCCGGGAUCGCCCGGUUAUCCAGGAACCCCAGGUUCUCCAGACACUCCUGGAAGUCCAGGCACCCCAGGCUCUCCAGGUAGUCCUGGAAGUCCAGGAACACCAGGCUCUCCAGGGACGCCAGGAGCACCUAGCAAUCAACCAGGCACAGGUAUUUGUACUGAAGAAGGCUUUUUCGGUGAUCCGAAAGAUUGCCACAAGUUUUAUCGAUGCGUUAGUGACGGCGCGACAUUUACUAAGUACGAAUUUCAAUGUGGCGUUGGGACUGCCUGGGACUCAUCCGUACAAAGUUGCAAUCAUGAGUAUGCAGUGCCACAUUGCAAUCAGCAAAGUAAUGUAGUGACGAACGAACCCGAUACAUCGCAAAAUGAAGUAGAUAGUACUAGUGGACCAGAUACGUCUAAAUAUCCGUCAGUGCAGCCUCCCGAAGGUACCAACAUUCCACCAACAUCUUCAAAGCCCGCGUCUGAAGCUGCCGGUACUACGAGCAGACCCGAGACAUCGAGUCAGACUUCGUCAGUCUCCUAUUUGCCACCGGCAAGUAGUACAUAUCCACCUACAUUCACACAAUCUACCACGUCGGUUUCUUAUCUGCCGCCCGCGACUCAAACAACUCAGACAACAUCUGUGUCUUAUUUGCCACCUGAUACGUCUACAACUGUGAGACCUACGACGAGCGCUACCUCAAAUCCUGUAUCCUCUUCGCCUCAAGGUGGAGAAUGCAUUGAAGAAGGUUUCUUCCCCGAUCCUGACGAUUGCCGAAAAUUCUAUCGUUGCGUACAAAGCGAUUCCGGAUAUCAGAAGCACGAGUUCCAAUGUGGUCCGAGUACAGCAUGGGAUCAAUCUAUACAAACAUGCAAUCAUAUUGGACAAGUGUCCUCAUGUUCCACGGAGAGCAAUGAAAUCGAAGGCCCCAGACCCAGUACCUCUAGUCCCGUGUCUCAGUCUCCUGCUACGAGCGGUUCUACAACAGCUACUUCUAGUCAAACCACUGCUAUCACUUCAUCAUCCGCAGCUCCGACUUCUACGGAAAGCGUCACGAUCGCCAGUACUCCGAGUGAAAUAUCUACGGAAUCAAUUACAUCGGGAACAGAUAAAACAGAAUCUUCGGAAGCAACGACUGCGACUACUUCUACCAGCAGUAGUAACGAGAAACCUGCCUCAGAGAAACCGGAAGGAAUUCAGAUGCCUGACAGCUCCAGUACGGAGAGUUCGUCCGAGUCCUCGGAAUCCUCCGAAUCUUCACAAUCAUCUACUUCUGAGUCGUCGAGCGAAGGAUCAUCUUCCACACAGUCGCAAGCGCCUGAUUGCACGACGAAAAAGCCAAAUGACACGAUAGUGUGCAACAAUGAAGGCUUCUACCCACACCCAACCAUGUGCGACAAGUUCUACCGUUGCGUCGACAACGGCAAUGGCUACAACGUGUACCACUUCGACUGUCCGCCAGGAACUAUCUUUGACUCUAGCAUCAGCGUAUGCAAUUACCCUGAGUCCGUUUAUCCUGCGAGAGAUUGUACUACCUCGAGCAGCGCAGCCGCGGAAUCGACAACUCAGCCCGGAACAGCGGAACAAUCCACGUCGAUGGAGUCUACUGCCGCGUCAAGUACGUCUCAACAGCCGGAAGAAAGCACGAUCGCGUCCACCGAGUCCGCGUCUACAACUUCGUCCGAGGAAAUCACUACUUCGGAGGAGAGCACCUCCGAUUCCAGCACAGAAUCGACGUCAGAGAUGCCGCAGAGUACGGAAGACACGACGGAAUCGACAACUGAGUCGACAACGGAAUCAACCGCCGCCACCACCGAAGGCAGCACCGACUGCAGCACCUCCGGACAGAGUACUGAAGGCACAACUGAGAUGUCCACGUCUUCUACGGGAUCAACGGAAUCCGAAACAUCCACGACCGAGUCCCAAGAGCAAUCCACGACGGAAUCGCAAGAGCAAUCCACGACGGAAUCGCAAGAGCAAUCCACGACGGAAUCGCAUGAGCAAUCCACGACGGAAUCACAGGAGCAAUCGACCACGGAAUCGCAGGAGCAAUCGACCACCGAAUCGCAAGAAUCAUCCACAACGGAAUCUCAGUCGACGACGGAGUCUCAGGAACAAUCGACGACCGAAUCGGCCACAGAAUCGACAACCGAGUCCGCAACCGGAGCAGCACCUUGCGCCAUAGGCAAUCUAACCGAUGAGCAGAUAACUCUAGUUUGCCCAACCGGCUUCCGAAGGCAUCCUAAGUACUGCGAUCUGUUCUACCAGUGCACCACCGAGAGCAACAUGGAGAUCAAGAUUCUCGUGUUGGGUUGUCCCGAGAACACGAUCUUUGACGAGAACAAGAUUCAAUGUCUGCCGGAGAGCAAGAGCAGUCAACCGUGCAUGAGUAGCAAAGCUAGCGUCAGAAUUUACAGAAGAUCGGGGGAGAACGCGUUCGCACCUAUGAAGGUGUCGUCGAACCAACUUUGCCCCGAAGAAGGGCACUUCCCUUAUCGGCAAGGAUGCAGCAACACCUUCUUCAAGUGCAAGCGCGAUUCUCGGAACAGUUUACAGGGGUAUCUCUACAAGUGCCCCGAGAACUACGUUUACUGGUCGGUCUCCAGGAGAUGCGAGCGCGUGACGCGUCUGCCGAUGUGCACGCACUUGGCAUACAGAAACAAGAUCGACUGGAACGAUCGGUGGCAAGUGCCGAUCGAAGACUUCAAUCUUUCCGCCAGGAUGUUACGCUUGCCUUGAGCCGCUCGACAAACACUGCCUAUCUCUCUGAUCUAUCUCGCGUCUAACUCUCGUUAAACACGAAUUACAAGCUCGCCAUAAGUGUCUGAAGACAGUAUAUAAAUUCUCAGGUUAAUCGCGAUUCUCGAUGAAGAUUGAGGGGUACCGUAAGACAUAGUGUAUUGAUCGUAUUAAUGUGGACGGCUUAGAAUCGUUAAAAGUAGACUAUAGGAUAAUCGGACGUUCAGGGAAGAUAAUCAGUAACUUUGAUGUCUCGAAUUUUUAUCCGAGCGCACGAGACGAUUCUGAUAAGCCUCUUAAUCCCAGCGAGAAGUUCACAUCUCCGCUGGCGCGAUUUCGCUGCCAUAACUUUACGGUACUUCGUGGAACUGUAUAACGACAUGGCUGCGGAAGAUCUCCGCUAAGAAAUUAAUAACAUAUCUUCGGCAGCUAUCUCGUAUCGGUCAAACGGUCAAACUGCCAUUACGCAAUUUUUAGUUAGCGGUAUGUUAGUUGCGAUAGCGAUUGCAUUAAUGAUUAUCGACGAGUAGGAGCACGUGCGACUUUGCGACUCAAAUCGAACCAGAACGACAUAUUUUUAUCCGGAAUGGAACUCGCUUAUUUUCACGAAUACCACGCGAUUUAGUUUAACUAUUACGAUUGACUUUCUUAUCAUUAAGUAAGAUAAAAUAGAAAAAAAAGAAAUAACGCGCAAAGACAACACAGUAUUCGUGUAAAAUUAGUAAGUUCCAAUGUUCAUUAGUGCUGUCAAUUUCGGAUACCCGGAUACUCGAUCGGAUAUCAUUUGAAUUUAUUAACUUAUGGGCUUCAAGCCUAUUCGGACCGAAAGAAGGCAGUCCAGAUAGCAAAGAGAAUUCAAAAAGAAUUCAAUCAUAUGUUACCAAUUCUGAGUUCAUUUUUAGGUGCAAAAAAAAUUCUUUUCACUGAACUGAACUCUGAAUAAUUCUUUUUGGAUCUGAAAAUGAAUUCAGAAUUGGUGGCAUAUGACUGAAUAUGAAUUCCUUUUGAACUCUUUUUUAAUUCUCUGUGCUAUCUGGGAAGGCAGUUUUAUUUUGUCCAUACAUUUUCUACGCACGAGCAACCUGCGGUUAAGUUAAUUUAAUGAAUACGCGAAAUAAUUUUAUAUUUCUAGCUUAUUGAUUUUUUAACAAUAACAAAUAACGAGCGAAUGCAUUUGAAUGCAUUGAAUAUUUGUAAUUAUUUGUGAUCUGGUUGGCCGGAUAAUAUCCGCGUGUAUGCGUAUCCGAGUAUAGAAAUACCUAAAUUAUACUGACAGCACUAAUUUUCAUAAGGUUAUUAUACGUUAUCGUUUUGCAGUUAGUCGAUAUUGGGGAUGGUUGCGGGACUAAUAUGCAAUAUUUCGAUAUACGCGUAAAGACUAGUAUGCAAUAUUUCGAUAUACGCGUAAAGACGUUCUUAUAUUUAUUAAGCCAACGCAAAUUUCUCGCGAGCUUAAGAUAUCGACGAGAAAAAGCAAGUAUCGUUAGCAAGAUUUUUGGAUUUCGAUAAAUGAUGAUUAGUUUCUCUAGAAUAUUCUGUAGAAAUAUUCACUGCGCUAUAUAUAUACCAUAUAUAUAUAUAUAUAUAUAUAUAUAUAUAUAUAUAUAUAUAUAUAUAUAUA